CCUGACCUCAUCUGCUCAUCUAGCCCUUGACCAAGCCCCGCCACACUCCGAGCCAGUCCAAGACCCCAAGGCCAGAAUUCGGAUCAUCGCCUGUCUUUGCCUCUUCCGCCGCUUGUCCUGAACCCUGACAUAGGCGGGAAGCACGCUCAGCGUGUUUCGGGCCAAAUACGGCUAUUGCACCUACUAUCGACUUGUCUUUUUUAUUCAAAGCUCAUCCUCUUCUCAGCUCUCAAUCGUCCCACCACUUCUCUAUUCCCACCUUUGACCCCUACUUUCACUCCUCUCCUCCCCUUCAUCAUGCCUUCCAAUCCAGAAUGGGUCAAGGCCCUCAAGCCUUCCGGGCCCCAGGGUUCCGAGUUGCUCUCCCAAGAAAGGGCAAAAUCCAACCUCAACGUUGAUCAACUAGCCGAAUUCCUCUUCACAAAAGACGUCCUAGACAGGAACGAGAGAAUCUUAAACAUCCUCACCGCCGACCCGGUCUUUGACAAGUCCCAAAACUAUUUUCGAGGAAGAAACACAAGAAUUGAAGCAGCCCUGGCAAGAGGCAAGAGGUUACAACAGCUGCAGGUCAAGCACAACUGGUCCAAGGAUGAGUAUCAGGUUGCAAAUGAUCUCAUCAGCGAGCCCACCCCCUACGGCCUCCAUGCCAGCAUGUUUCUCGUCACUCUCCGUGAGCAGGGCACCCCCGAACAGCACAAGCUAUUUCUGGAAAAGGCAGAGAACUAUGAAAUCAUCGGCUGCUAUGCUCAAACUGAAUUGGGACACGGUUCCAAUGUCAGAGGGCUGGAAACCACCGCCACCUGGAACCCCGAUGACAAGACCUUCACCCUUCAUUCUCCGCACCUGACUGCCUCUAAAUGGUGGAUCGGCUCACUCGGCAAGGCUGCUAACUAUGCCGUCGUUAUGGCUCAACUGUAUAUUGGCGGUAAAAACUAUGGGCCUCACCCUUUUGUUGCCCAGAUCCGAGACAUGAAAACCCAUCAACCCCUACCAAACAUCCAUGUUGGUGACAUUGGACCCAAGUUUGGCUACAACACCAUGGACAAUGGCUUUUUGCUGUUCAAGAACGUCAAGAUCCCUCAUGAAAACAUGCUGGCUCGAUUCUCUCGUAUCGAUCCGUCCACCAACAAAUACGUCCGCCCAUCCAACCCUUCCCUGAUCUACGGAACUCUCACCUACAUUCGAAGCUCAAUCGUGCUCCAGUCAGGUUCAGUUCUUGCCAGGGGUGUGACCAUUGCUAGCAGAUAUUGCGCUGUUCGACGCCAGUUCCAAGAUCGGGAUGCCCCAGCCGGUGAACCGGGCGAAAACCAAGUCCUCAAUUACACCAUGGUUCAAAUUCGACUUCUCCCUCUCCUCGCCGCUACAUAUGCCUUGCACUUCACCGGGCGAGGCAUGAUCAACAUGUAUCAGGAGAAUCAGAAGCGCAUGAACUCCACAGCUGAACCCGAAUCUCGUCGCAAUCCUGGCCCAGAAGAACUCAAUGCCGGUACAGAUCUUCUCGCAGAUCUUCACGCCACCAGUUGCGCAUUGAAGGCUUUGGCUUCCACCACCGCUGCAGAGGGUCUCGAGGUCUGCCGUCGCGCCUGCGGUGGUCACGGCUACUCCUCCUUCUCUGGCAUUGGCAGCUGGUAUGCCGAUUACCUGCCCACCGUCACCUGGGAAGGUGACAACUACAUGCUCACCCAACAGGUCAGUAGAUACCUGUUGAAGACCGCUCGUGCAGUUCUCAAAGGCACGGCCGGAAACAACGACACUUCCCGGAUCUUCAAAGAAUUCAUCCGCCGCCGCGACAUUGGCGCCGCCUUCGAUGUGAUUGGAAGUGACACCGACCUCGUCGAUGCCUUUGCAUGGCGUGUGUCAUUCCUGACCUUUGAAGCUCUGCGUCAUCGUGACGAAGACAAGCAGUCGUGGAACAGCCUUCUCGUCGACUUUUGGCGUCUGUCCACUGCUCAUGGUCAAUACAUGAUUGUCAAGAACUUCCAUGACGCGCUCAACGACCCUCAGACCAAGAAGGAGGUUGAUCCCGAGACGGUGACUCUGCUUCAUAAACUCUUCCGCCUCUACGCCCUUAGCACGUUGGAAAAGGAAGCUUCUGAAUUCUAUUCCUCUGCAGCCGUCACUGUGCGCCAAAUCACCCUUGCCCGCACAAAAGCCGUCAUGAAACUUCUCGAGGAGAUCCGACCUCACACAAUCCGACUAGUCGAUGCCUGGAAAUUCCCCGAUUGGCAACUCGACAGCUCUUUGGGUCGCUAUGAUGGCAAGGUCUAUGAGGAUCUCUUCCACCGCGCCAGCGAGCUCAACCCAUUGAAUGAUGUUGUCUUUGAUCCUUACCCAAAUUCAAAGGUCCUGUUCAAGGAGGACAAGAGGUCCAACUUGAGGAGUAAAUUGUAAAUAGUGUGACCAAGGUUGUGGGAAACUGUCAAUUCUACGGUCACAUCGAUACCGGCGCGAUUGUUUACAUGAUCUCAGAUGUACAUGAAACUAUCAAUACAUUUACACUGUUGACUCGGAAUUUCUCUUGUGAU